AUAACAUCAAAAGCACAACAAGUCUUGGAUCUACCAAUUAAUACGGCUAGUAAAUAACGUUAAGGCUGAGGGAUUUGUGGUAGACUUCAUCUUGCAGGGUUUGGGUGCAGUCAAAAAUUUGACGUACCCGGUAGUGGGUGGUGGUGCAUCAUUCUUACAUGUGCAAACGCCACUUUGAGAAUCUCCGCAAAAUCAUAUAGCAAGCGAUUCCAUACAGCUGGAAGGAGGUUUAGUUUUUGCUGAAUCGUGCGCGGGUAGAACCAAGACUAAGAUUACCGAAAGGAGUUUGCGGACUUCUGAGAGGGGAACAACCCGCAAGGGAGAUUUGCAGACGCCCUAUGGCUUCCAUGUCCCCAUGUCGCCUACCAUGACCAAAUACAAAGCAGCGAUAGUGACCACGGAAGCAUGAUCUCCUACGUAUCGCACGUUUCCACGCGUCGCACUACAAUCCGAAAAUCAUUUGGCCGCAGCAACUAUCUUGAUCAUGUCUCCAAUUGACCAGCCUGUAAUUUCUAAAGGCUCAAUCGUUCUCGUGACGGGUGUAAAUGGCUUCAUAGCAUCCCAUAUCGCCGAUAAGUUUCUCAAGUUUGGCUACAAAGUUCGCGGCACUACGCGCAAUGCGCAGAAGAACGCAUGGAUCUGUAACCUGUUCGACAAAAAAUAUGGCCCUGACAAGUUCGAGUUGGUAGUUGUGCCAGACAUGGAAUUGCAGGGUGCUUAUGAUGAAGUGAUCAAGGGUGUAUCGGCCGUCGUUCACACCGCUACGAACUAUACAAUGAACCCUAACCCGCACGAAGUGGUCCCUGGCUCGGUCGCCGGAACCGUCAACGCGCUGGCGGCGGCAGCCAAGGAGCCGAGCGUGAGGCGCUUCGUGCUUACAUCCUCAUCGGCCGCGGCCCUGAUCCCGAAGCCCAACAACUUCAUGACCGUGACGACUGAGACCUGGAACGACGAGGUGGUGAAAUUUGCGUACCGCGGCCCACCUUACGAGCCUGAGCGCGCGUAUCCAGUUUACGCUGCUAGCAAGAUGUUGUCGGAGAAGGAGGCCUGGAAAUUUGUAGAGGAGAAAAAGCCACAUUUUGUGCUUAACGCGGUGCUGCCGAACAUCAACUUCGGCGCCAGCUUGGAUAUUGCCGAUCAGGGCCACCCUUCGACGUCGGGUAUGGUGGCUGAGCUCUUCAAAGGGAAUACCUCGCUUCUAGCCGGUUUACCAGCUCAGUACUUUGUCGAUGUGCAAGACGACGCCCUGCUCCAUGUCGCAGCUGCCAUCCAUCCGGGCGUCGAAUCAGAACGCAUAUUCGCCUUCGCCGAGCCGGUCAAUGGUGACAGCAUCCUAAGUAUUCUGCGCAAGCUGUAUCCUCAGCGUACCUUCCCGGACGAUUUUCAGGCUGAAAAAGACCUCAGCGAAAUUAUCCCGCGCAAGCGAGCAGAACAAUUGUUGCUAGAUAUGGGCAAAGACGGAUGGACAAGUCUGAAGGAGAGCAUUCACAAUAAUACGGAGGAUCUUGUGUGGGAUUCAAUAAUUCGCACAGGCUGAUUGCAG